CGUCCGCGGACACCGGCUGCCAUGUCGGCUCUGACGCGCCUGGCGCCUUUCGUUCGCGCCGGAGGCCGGCUCUUCCGAGGCUGCGGCUCACGGUCGGCGGGAAGCGGGGGCGUCCGUCAUGCGGGCGGCGGCGUGCACAUCGAGCCCCGCUACCGGCAGUUCCCCCAGCUGACCAGGCACCAGGUGCUCCUGGGCGAGUUCUUCAGCGGCUUCAUGUGGUUCUGGAUCCUCUGGCGGUUCUGGCACGAGCCGGACGCUGUGCUGGGUCACUUUCCGUAUCCAGAUCCUUCCCAGUGGACGGAUGAGGAGCUGGGCAUACCCCCGGAUGACGAAGACUGAGGAACCAGCUCUGCUGGCUGUCUGGAGCCGGUUUUCCUGCCAGAAGUGCCGGUGUUGUAAAUCUUGAUUAAAGUGGUUUGAUGGA